UCUGGUGUAAGAUCUAACCACGGCCGUAAUUAUUAGUCUUCUCGAGAAAAACAGGGAGGCGGUCCCCCACGCCGUGACUCCAUCCGCUCGGCUAUGAAUGAACAACUCAGCUCUUCACGGCUUGUUCCCCAAACGAGCGCCAAACCCCGCAGCACUUUGGCUUUUCUUCGGUUGACACAAGAAGCCAUAUUUUUGGGUGGAAUUUUCUGAUGUCCUUCACAGUUAUGUUGUUGGGGCCAUGAAGCAUCAUCUGGCUGUCUGGCACCAUCAAAGGAUUGCAUUUCUGACCCAACAAGAGCUCGUGGGUGGAUGGGGGCAGGAAGGAGGCUGGGCAGAGGGACCGAUGCCAGCCGGGCUGCCUCACGGGGCGGUGGAGAGACACGUGGCCCUGCCAUUAGCAUCCUGUUCGGCUCCUGGACGGGUUUCAUCUGUGACACCUACAGAGUCCUCGCUUGGAACAGCAGGAUAAAAAGCGGCCCUGGUGUUCACGCCUCUUCUGAUGAGCCACACACCAGAACACGGCGGAACAGAAGGCGAGGCCACGCAGAGGGCCAGAGUCAGGUGGCAGAGCAGGUGACAUCUCGACUCUCAGCUCUUUGCAGGCAGCUAUUUUAACAGAGCCACUUUACCGCAGCUAUUUUCACAUGAGGAUAUUUUGAUAUGGUCCCAAAAUUCUGCUGAUAAACGCUCAGCUUUUCAAAAAAGAAAAAUGAUGAGUAAAAUGGGCAUUUUGCACUCUAUCUGUGAGCUUUCUUUCAGCACCCAUCCUCCAUCUGGGCAUGGAGGGUGUAUGGAUUAGGGACAGGUGAGGGACAGAGUUGGUAGAGAUUCAAAAUGGGAGAAAUAUGGGGCAUCAGGGAGUGGUCAAGAAUGGAAUAAAUGUCAGGAACGAGGGAACCGUCAGAUCUGGGCGCAGGGCGGGACGCCAGGAGUGUCAGGAGCAGGCUCUAAAGUACAAAAAAUGAUCCAUCAAAUUCAAAGAUGGGGCAAGUGUCAGAGAUGGGAUGAAAGGUGGCAAACCGGCGACAAACAGAAUGCAGCCAGUCUGCAUUCCACGGGCCUGUCGUGAGGCUGCUGUGUCUAUACCAUUGUGCUGGAGAAACUGCACGAAACGGCUGGGCAAGAAAACAGUCCAUUUAGGAUCCAGAAGAGCCCGCUGCAUUGGCUGUGUCUGCCUCAUACAUGUCUAUGCAGUUCACUGCAGGGCUUGCUUGUGCCUCAAUUCCUCCAUGUAAACCACAGAUGAUGAUGUCUGCCCUUCCUCUUUCCCCACCUUUUUGCUUUCCCUCCAAGCGGCAUGAUGAGGAAUGAGCCAGCGGCUCGUAAACAGCUCGGGGCCCCGUGGAGCACGCGCUUGCGUAAACAGUGGGCCGGGGUGUACGUGAGUCCUCUGUGACUCAGGGGUUUCCAAGUCGGGCAGCCGUCUCUGCCGGGUGACUCACGUCGACAGAGCGAUGCCCUUAGCUGCAACGUAUGGCGUGUGUGAUGAGUUUCCUCUUGUCGCAGCAGAGGACUGAGGAUCCUUUACCCAAACGCUACAGACUCGAGGAGCUGGCACGUGGGAGCCAAGGGACUAAACGUGAACAGAGUGGAAAGGAAUCUGACGUGGCUAGAGUUUCACUAGACAAAGAGCCGAGGGAGCACGCUUGUGCCCAAUCAUCGGCUUCCCUCUGCCAGAGAAGAAAUUCUUCUCAAUUCUUCUGCCAUUUGUCAAACUUGCCAAAGUCCCCUGGAGGCAGCUCUGGUGGUAAGGGAGGGUGCAGGGAAGAGACACUCUCUCUACCAGGUUUCGAUGCUUUCUGUGUAGUCCGUUCACAGGGCAGAGUUUCUGCAUCCCUGGAUAAAGUCGCACUGACCCCACGUGGAGCGUCCCUCCACGAUCAUUGGUGCAAGGAGGCAGUGGGGCUAAGCCUCC